AUGAACGAAGCAUAUUUUGUUGGCCGUAAAGAAUUACUCUCAUGGUUGAAUGAUAGUUUUGGUUUUGGAUUAGAGAGAAUUGAACAAACAUGCACCGGAGCAUGUGCAUGCCAAGUUUUUGAUUGUUUAUAUCCUGGAGUUGUGCCUCUCGGAAAGGUUAAUUUUGAAGCAAGAUUUGAUUAUGAAUAUAUCAAGAAUUACAAGAUUUUGCAAGGAGUAUUUACUAAAUUGAACAUUCCAAAAGUAAUAGAAGUGAACAAACUGAUCAAGGGAAAAUAUCAAGACAAUUUAGAAUUCUUACAAUGGCUUAAACGGUUUUACGACGUUCAUCAUCAAGAAGGUUCCGAAUAUGAUGCUGUGGCAAAACGAAACGCUGCCAUUAAGGAGUACAGAAUUUUAAACUCAAAAGGAGGCUCAUCAACGUUAAAUACGGCUUCUUCCCUCGCCUUGUCGACGACAUCAUUGUCUUCAACAAAUAGCAGUCAGCUCAAUAGUACCAUAACUUCGUCAAUGGGUGCUCCUUCCCAACGAAAACCAAACCUCAAUACAUCCAUGACAUCUACUGUUUCUUCAAAGCAAAACGUGAAGAACAUCAACACAACAAGAGGUGGAAAGGCUCAACAAGAGAAAAAACAAAUUACCAAGCCUUAUGCUUCACUGCAGUUGCGUAUUGAAAAUUUGGAAAGAGAACGAGACUUCUACUUUCAAAAGCUACGAGAUAUUGAAUUGUACACACAAGCUAUUGAAGACAAUCCAUCUGCCACGCAGGAACAAUUAUCAUUCAUGAGGGAUAUUCAGAAAAUUUUAUAUGCCACAGAUGAAGAUUUUGUUUCGGUAGACGACGAUGAAAACAUGAGUGACUCUAAUAAGGAAAAUGUUGCCCUAGAACAAUAA